AUGGCCAAAUUAUUCUCUUUUCUCAGCUUGUUAACUCUGAGUUUCUGCUGCCUUAUCACUGGUUUCGAGCCGAGUCCAUUGCAAGAUUUCUGCGUCGCAGAUUCUGCUAGCUCAGUGAAGGUAAAUGGCAUGGUUUGCAAGAAUUCUUCACUUGUAGAAGCUAAUGAUUUUUACUUCAGUGGGCUGCAUUUGGCUGGCAACACAACAAAUCCUGCUGGCUCUAAAGUCACUCCUGUCAAUGUAGCGCAAGUACCAGGACUGAACACUCUUGGUAUUUCAUUGGUUCGCGUCGACUAUGCACCAUGGGGAAUCAACCCUCCUCACACUCACCCUAGAGCUACUGAGAUACUCACUGUCCUUGAAGGUUCUCUUCAAGUUGGUUUUGUAACCUCAAGCCCCGAAAAUCGCCUUAUUACUAAGGUACUUAAAAAAGGCGAUGUGUUUGUAUUUCCUAUUGGACUUGUUCACUACCAACGCAACGUUGGAAAUGGAAAUGCUGUUGCAAUUGCAGCAUUGAGUAGCCAGAAUCCUGGUGUUAUAACCAUUGCUAAUGCAGUCUUCGGAUCGGAUCCAGCUAUAGCAACUGAUGUUCUUGCUAAGGCUUUUCAAGUUGAUAACGCCGUUGUUGCUCAGAUCCAAUCAAAGUUCUAG